AGAUAACAGUCGCGUGUGCGGAAAACAAAGUGCUAGCCAAAAUUCGUCAAAUGAAGUAGAAACUUUACCGUUCGAUUUGCCUUGAACUUGGUCUUUUUUUGUUUUUUGUUUUUGUUUUUCGGCGCUUGGUACAAGUUCAGUGUGAGUUAAGUUGCAGCAACGGUGGCAAUAAGCUAAAAUCGACUUGAAAACAUGCCAAAAACCUGUUGCUAAACGAGCUUAACGGUUGUGUUUGUGUGUAUUUACGUUUGCAUGGGUGAGCAAGCGGCGCCUCAACUAUUCGAACGCUCGAAAGUAAUCGCUCUAAUUUCCCGUGCAAGCGCCCUUCGUGCCGCUGCUGUAGCUUCCGGCUUUUUUAUGUACAAAUUUGUAGAAAUUGGCGAAUUUAUCAAUUUGCUUAAUACUAUUCGUAUUUGCUAACUGUUAAUUGGACUUUCUAAAUAAGUAGAUUACAUGCCAGCUAAUUUCAUUAUUGUGAAACUGCACAAACAAAACAAUAAUAUCCAAAAACGAUAUGGUGGCAAGGGUUAAUGAAACUUCUCAAACAAUUGCAUUAAAACUUUCAGAAGUUGUCAGAAAUAAAAUAAAACUAUUUUGAGGCAGUUAGAUGAUAUAUAUUAUCAGUAGUAAAUCAGUGUGCCAGCAAAAUAAGGAAUGUUAUUAUUUAAAAACAAAAUUUUAGGUGCUCGCAUACACAAACACAUACACCCAACUGUUUUGCUCUGCGAAAAUAAAAGGCAUUAUUUCUUGCGUGCCGCAUUCGUCUCGAGUGAAAGGAGUUAAAUGCACUGGAAAACGACACAACAGCAGCAACAACAUUGCAUUUGCUUACUGACGUGAAGCUGGAUCCUUUUCCAUGAUAACUUGUUUUGUUGAUUUAGGGGCAGACAAAUGCAGUUGCAGCAUCAAGUGGACGCCUGAGCUGAAAUAUAUUCAAUUUUUUCUCCUUAUAUCUUGCAGUUAUUUUUACGUACUGAUGUGUGUGCGUGUGUUGUUAAAAGUGAAAAAGUAAAAAAAUUUAAGUGCUGUGAAGAAAAAUUAAAUACAUACAUACAAAAGUAUAUAUAUACACAGAAAAACGUAAAAAGUGUUCACAAAAUGCUUUUGCUGGAAUGGUGAAAUCUUUGGAGCAGAGAAUUCGAAAGAUAACAGCUUCUGAUAUUUCACUCCCUAUCAAUGUGCUUCACGAAGAAGCAUAACGAAUUUCAUUUUUCAACCGAAAGUGCAAGGUUGUAAGGAAUUGCCAAGGAGAAAGUGAUGUGCCUCCCAAAAGCAGAAGUGUUUUGAAACGACAAACCCAACAAAUUAGUCGACUGUGAAACUCGGUAUACAAAUUGACUUAAUAUAAACUCACACGAAAAUUGCCGCAGGAGAUAGCUCUUCAUUAGUAAAACACAAAUACGGAUAUUAACUACAACAAAGGACUGCAAAAUCCCGGAGACUAAAGAAACGCUAACAAAGGCAAACGUUAAAGAGAACAAACAAGCAGAGUCAAAGUCAGCAAAUUUAUUCCUCAAGUCGCAUUUUUCCGUGAUGUGAUUGAUAAAAUGCUGUUGAGGUCAAUUGGGUGAAAGAAUAUUGGUGAAACCUAGCAAUUACACCGCUGAUGGUAAUAGGCAUAAAUCGAGGGAUAGUACCCCAAGUGGCAAGUAUAGCGAUGCCAACAGAAGAUCAGAGGCCGAAUAAUUUAGCAAAAAUGUCACACACAUUUCACCCAAAACAAAAAACAAUAACAACAGUGAUACCUACCAGCACAACUUGUAACGGUAAAUACGAGAACCAACAACAUCGACAGCGAAGCAGUAUCGCGCAUAAUAGAAAACACGCUCCACAGCGACAACGACCCUCCCGCGGCACCUGUCCCACCCACAAGAGUAAUGUGUUCAGCAACAGCGCACAAGUCAGGAUGCUAUGGAUGGCACAGUUAUUCACAGUGGCAGCAUUCUUGAUGUGUCACAGCAUGGCAAUUGUUAACGCAACAGCAGUGCAAACACCACACGCUCUCAGCAGGGGAGUAAUCAACACUGACUCUGAUACAGCCGGCCACAGAGCAAUGCGGGCGGCGCAAUAUAGUCAACCGUUGACCGUUGAGAGGGGAAUGUACAAUGCGGAUAUCAAUAGCUUCCUGCCGAUUAUCCCUAAGGACAUUAGUCCAGAAUAUAUUGCACAAAAUGUGUUUACCAAAGGAGGUCAGUAUCGCGUGUUUGAGCCCACAGAUAGCGACCUGCGCACCCAAAUGACAAUGGGUCAGAAGGUAAACCGUGUCGAUGGCGUGGAGGUGAACGCCAACGCACAGAACAAUGUCAGCUUAGUGGUCGAUAUCAGUAGAGCUACGGACGAAAACAUAAAAACUACAGCCGAAGGAGCAAUGGUCGCAAAGUUGAAGGAACAAACAAAUUCCAAGCAAGAGACUGAGGAGAAAGCAACGCUCAGCCUAAGUGCUGGAAAAAACGAAAAGCCACUAAAGCAAUCAGAGCAGGCACUUCACAAAGUGGGUGCAUCAACUAACAUCUCAGCACCAGCAACAGCAACAUUUAUGAUACACAAAAGCAAAGCAUUGCCGAACUCUUUUAAUGUUGAGCAGCUAGCUUUAGAAGAAAGAAAGAUAGCAAGAGGGCACAAAGAAAACUUCAAACCGCAUCCAACAACAACAACAGACUUUGCGGAUGUCUCUCAAAAUACAGUUGGUGGUGAUAUAAAAGAACUGGAGGCCUUGUUGUUCGAAUAUGCGGAGAAUUUCUUUAACAAAGCCCAAUAUGAGCCUUCUAGUGAGCUGGUAAAUGCAUUGCAACAAAAUCACACGAUGGUCGGUGACCCGCACAAAGAGCGUCCGACACGGCAUGCCGAUGCCAACCCACACCAUCACCAUCACAACCACCUGCACCACCGCCAGCAUUCCUUGCCAGCUAUUGUGCGUAAGCCAGAUGCCAAUGUGAGUGUGAAUAUUCCGCGUGCCUUGGAAUCGGGAAGGCUGCUCUUCUUUUCAGGUUUGAAAAAGGCAUUAUGGCCAGUGUAUAUCGGCUUGCAGGUGCUGAAAUCGCUGCUUUUGGCUUUGUUUAUGCCGGUAUUGAUUGGGUCAUUCAGCAAAUUCCUGGGCAAGGGCAUCGUGUCCGGUUCUGCACCGCUCUUCAUACGUCCGCCAGACACGCCUCAGGAUCUAGACUUCCGUGAUAAUACCAUAAAUUUCGAUGACGACAAGUUCGCCGCCGUCGAGGAGGGCACAAAAGAGGAUGGCUAUGGCUACAAUCAAGCAGAGGCAUCGCAAACACACUACACCUACAAUGCAGCAGGUGGCAUAAAUCGCAUUGAACAGCAAAACAAAAUGCCAGAUACCUAUUUGAGUGCAUUACAGACCAUCGGUUCUGCGUCGUUCAAAAAUUCCGGUUCGCUUUCGGGCAGCUUCUCUGGGGGAGGUUUGGGCGGAGGUGGAAUCGGCGCACCCAUGCGCACAAAACCAAUUGCACCAGCAAACACAAACACUUUCCAGACUUUCCAAAAGGUGCCAGCCUCGUCGCUGCUACUUUCCAACUACGACCCCUUCUACAGUCCACUGCUCUCACGUUUGGACUCUGUUUUCGCGCAAUUGAAAAUAAAUUCCGACAACGAGAACUGUCGUGAAAAGCUGAUUUGUCUAAUGUAUGCAAAUCCAGCGAAAUAUGCGCCCUACAGUAACCUUGUGUCAGCGCAAUUAUCGCGUGAGUUGAAUGAACUGCGCAAACCAACUUCUGAUAAUCCAGAUAUUUUGAGAUUCUUCAAGUAUAUGCGCGCCGCCAAGGACGGGCAGGAUGGCAUUGAUUGUGAAAAAUCGUUUGAUCGUUGUCAGGAAUUUAAGGAUUUCGAGAAUCCAGCCAUGGUCUCAACAUAUCACGACAUCAACAAAUUGGUAUCAGCACGGAAGUUGGCGUAGAUGGGAAUGAACCGUCGUCUGAGUAAGGGAUAGUAAUAGCAGAA